UCCUCAUAUUUCAUUUGUUGCUUCGCACCACAUACUUGAAAUCUGUGAAACCAUGUGCUCAAUUAUUACCUCCCCCCUCACACUUCCCUAUAAAUAUAACCUUCUAUGUAUCCUAAACCACUCAACUGAAACCUGAAAACCCUGAAAUCCCCAACCCUGCAACUUAUAUUAUUAUUAGACUCUUCAAAACCAUUGUUCUUCUCCUUCUUCUUCUUUCUCCAUCAUCAUCACCAUGGCCUCUUCCUUUUCUGUCCUUACUUUUUUCCUCCCUCCCUCCCUUCUACUAUUUAUGUUCUUCUUCUCCUUCUUCCUCAUCUUGCGCGUAUUCGUUGCAAGGUUCAUAUGGUCUAAUGGACGUUGUUUUACCUGUCAUGGCCCAGAAAUGCACCCAUUCAUUGGAUGCUUGAUCCCCUUCUACAGGAACCGGCGCCGCCUGCUCGAUUGGUUCACCGAGCUCCUUGCGGCGUCGCCGACGCAGACGAUCGUGCUGGAGAGACUUGGAGCGCGGCGGACCGUCGUGACGGCGAACGCCGACAACGUUGAGUACAUGCUUAAGACCAACUUCGAUAAUUAUCCCAAGGGCAAGCCGUUCACUGACAUCCUCGGCGAUCUCCUUGGGUGCGGCAUCUUCAACGCCGACGGCGAGCUCUGGCACACGCAGCGCAAGCUGGCCAGCCAUGAAUUCACCACGAGAUCCCUCCGUGAAUUUGUUGUCAAGACCCUCGACGCUGAGACUAACGAGAGGUUGCUGCCGAUCCUGUCGUCGGCAUGCAAGGACCGCCGGACGGUCGACAUGCAGGACUUGCUCCGGCGGUUUGCAUUCGAUACCGUCUGCAAAGUCGCGCUUGGGACCGAUCCAGGCUUCCUUGACCCCUCUCUGCCCAUGUCGGACCUCGCAGCCGCCUUCGAGGUUGCCUCCGGGAUAUGCGCUCGCCGGGGGGCCGCCCUGGUCUCCGCGGUGUGGAAAGUCAAGCGAACGCUCGGGGUCGGCUCCGAGGGGCGACUUCGAGCCUCGGUCAGGCUUAUCCACGAGUCGGUGAUGGGGCUGAUUCGACGAAGAAAGGAAGAGGCUGCCGCCGGCAAGGGGGCGGAGCGCAGCGACCUCCUGUCGAGGCUGAUAUCCGGUGGCCACAGUGAUGAGGUGAUCCGCGACAUGGUCAUCAGCUUCGUGAUGGCCGGGAGGGACACGACGUCGGCCGCGCUGACGUGGUUCUUCUGGCUGAUAUCGCGCCAACCCGAGAUCGAGCGAGAGGUUGUCAGGGAAGCAGCGGAUCGAGCCGAUCGAGGACAAGGAUUGGAUCGGUAUCAGGAGCUGAAGGAGAUGAAGUUCUUGGAAGCCUGCUUGUGCGAGAGCAUGAGGCUGUACCCGCCGGUGGCGUGGGACUCGAAGCAUGCGGCGAGGGACGACGUGCUUCCCGACGGGACGGAGGUGAGGAGGGGCGACCGCGUGACGUACUUCCCCUACGGGAUGGGAAGGAUGGAGAGGCUGUGGGGGAAGGACUGGAUGGAGUUCGAGCCGAGGCGGUGGCUGGAGGCGGAGGGGAGGGAGCUGGCGAGGGUGUCGGCGUACAAGUUCGCGGUGUUCCAGGCCGGGCCGAGGGUGUGCUUGGGGAAGGAGAUGGCGUUUGUUCAGAUGAAGUACAUCGCCGCGGCGGUGCUCCGCCACUUUGAGCUGAGGAGGGCUGGCGGGGAGCAGCGGCCGCCGGUGUUGGUGCCGCUGCUGACAGCCCACAUGGCCGGUGGAUUAAAAAUGGUGGUGCGGGAGAGAAGGGAGUUGGAUUCUACUGGUCGCUUGAGGGGAGGAGGUUGUGACAGAUUGGAAACAAUAGUUAAUAGCUAAUGUGGCACCCAGCCCUUUGUUU